AUGAACUGCUGCUCUUCCUGUUCCUCUUACAGCAGCUCUGAGGACAAUAUGAACUCCAGCAGACGUUUCGACAGCUAUAACGAAGCUUUCACAAAGAACUUCAUCACCUUUUUCCUGGUAUUCACCAUCAUCUGCAUCAAUGGAGCUUUUGUCUACACAUACUUCAAGAGCAAGGACUUCCAGCGAGACCCCAGAUAUGUGCUGUACAUCCACCUGGUGAUUAACGACAUGAUCAUGCUGACAGUUUCUCUGGGGCUAGUGAUCGCCACCUACACCGCCAACCCAGGAUUCAUCCCCUGCUGGAUCAUGCUGGUCGUCUUAAUCACCACCAACAGGAUCAGCCCUCUGAAUCUGGCUGGCAUGGCGUUGGAGCGUUACAUCGCCGUGUGUCUUCCUCUUCAUCACGUCCAGAUCUGCACGGUGCAGAGAGCCCACCUCCUCAUCGCUCUCAUCUGGCUCAUGUCCUUCAUCCCUGCCUUCACUGACAUCAUCAUCAUCCUCAUCACUCAGCCUCUGUCUGUCUUCUCAAAGACGGUCCUCUGUCACGCCACCUUGGUCUUCAACACACCGUACCACGUGACCCUCAGUCUGGUGGUGGAGGUGCUCCUGUUCUCCUUCGUCUUCCUCACGGUGGUCUUCACCUAUCUGAACGUGCUCCUCGCAGCUCGGGGGGUUUCAGGUGUGAGUCGAGCCUCGAUGAGAAACGCCCGAAACACCAUCCUGCUCCACGGGGUCCAGCUGCUCCUCUGCCUGCUGUCCUUCAUCCAGCCCUUCAUCAACCUCUUCCUCGUCACCAAUUGGCCCCACAAGACAACAGACAUCUUCUUCAGCACCUUCAUCUUCACCAACAUUCUUCCUCGUCUUCUCAGCCCUCUCAUCUACGGCCUCAGAGACAAGAAGUUCAGCGGAAACAUCCGGAUGCAUUUCUGCUUUAAAGGAUGCAGGACAGUGGAGGAGAGGAUGAAAGUACGACCGAGGAGAACGUCCAAACAGGCGAUACACUGA